CAAAACUCUCGAUAUUGCACACGAAGCGCAAACAUUAGCAGAGCAGAAUUUUAAUUGCAAUGGUACAAUGUACUAUUCCAAAUAAACGUUGUUAGUAAAGCAAUGCAAGCCAAAGACAAAUGCAUCACAUUUUUGGAAAAUUACAGAACGUUUGGCUUUAAACAAGCAACGGUUGAUGCCAAAGAGUUAGCUGAAGAGUUAAACAUCGAUGCAAUAUUUAAGCCGCUUAAAAGAGUACGACGAGUGAAACGUCAUUAUGAUGAAAAUGCUGCUGACGAACCAAUUCGAAAUCCCGAGAAGAAACUAGAAGUGACAUUUUUAAACCCUUUAUUAGAUACAUGUCUGUCGUCAAUAAAUGAAAGAUUUGAACAACUUAAUGAAUAUGUAAAUAUAUGGAGUUUUUUAUUUAAUUUGGAUAAUUUGCCCAUUAAGAAUGAACUUUUAAAAUUGUGUAAACAAUUACAAGAAAAAUUAACUGUAAAUACAAAAUCAGAAAUUGAUGGUGCUUUGCUAUGCGACGAACUAAUAAAUGUGCAGUUUUUUAUUGAAGAUAAAUUAAGCAAUGUUGAAAAUGAAAUAAAUACAAAAGAGAUGACACCACUUUUUGUACUGAAUUUUAUUAAAAAACAUUGUCUACAAGUUUUAUUCAAAUACAUGGAUUGUUCUGCGCAUUCUUCUUACAAUACCUGUUACUGUUGCUAGUGGAGAACGUAGUUUUUCUAAACUGAAGUUAAUCAAAACAUAUUUAAGAAAUACCAUGUUGCAAGAUCGACUUAAUUCUCUAUCUAUGUUAUCAAUCGAGCAAGAUAUAGCUGAAAAUUUAGAUUUUUCUAGUUUGAUAAGAGAUUUUGCGGACAAAAAAGCUAGAAAAGUUAGAUUUUAAAAUUUAAUAACUCUUGUUUAUAUAGUUAGAAGAUUUAUUAUAUGUUUAAUAAAAACAUUUGUUAUUUUAAAAGCAGCGUUGCGUUGUCUAUUUAUUUAGUCACUCAUUUCUAUAAACCCAUAUCAUGAAAAGUCUAAAUUUAUAAUUU